AUGUUCCGGUCGCUAUUUAUCCAACUAUUUUUCGUAAUCUUCAUAUUUUUAUCAAGUCGGUGCUUAGAUGUUAUUGAAGAUACCAAUUCAGAGACACCAAUUCUACAUGAAAUUGGUAAGAAACGAAAACUUGAAGAUAGCAUACCAGUAAUUGAAAUACGAGGUGAAGGCCAACCGAUGACCGCAGCACAAAUAAGACAACUUGAAGAAAUGUCAAAUGGUGGCCCACUUGAUAUCAAGGUGGAGAAGACAUGGCGACCAGUGGACUGUCCACAUGCUGCGAAACGUAAAGAUUUUAUAACUUUUCACUACAAGGCGUUCACUGAAGCUAACAAGAAAUGUGAUCAGUCGUAUGGACGUGAACCAAUUCGAAUACAACUUGGUGUAGGUAUGAUAAUACCUGGAUUAGAUAAAGGUAUGCGUGGAAUGUGCGAUACUGAAUUGAGGAAAAUUCAAGUCCCAUAUCGGCUAAGUCGGAAAAAGAAAAGCACAGUGUGGAGAAAUAUCCCCAAUGACGAGCAUUGGCUUACUUUCAACAUUGAAAUGCUUACAGUUGAGCCAUGGUCACUCGAUUUGCAAUUCAAUUUUUUGGAUGUCAACAAUGACACAGUAAUUACUGAAAAUGAGUUGGUUACAUUUCAAGAAAAACUGAAGAAAAAUUUUGGCAAAACAUGGAGCAAUGAAAAUAUUGACUAUACAAUUGCUGCCAGAUAUUACAUCAGAUAUUUUGAUGUUGAUGGAAAUGGACGGAUAGAUUUAAAGGAAUUCUGUCGGGUAAUGGAGCGGGAUAUGGUGGCAAUGGCUGCAGCAGCGAGUAAUAAAAAGGUAGAAGGUCGAAAACGAGAUCCGUCCAUUGCUUGGAUUCUAGAUUUUAACAACGAUGGCAUUGUUUCUGUCACGGAAAUCGAUCAAGCCGAUGAAAUACUGGAAGGUGAACCAACCGUUCUACCGAUAUUUACCAAAGAUGAGCUUUAG